UGUUCUUGUUGCUCAGAGUUAGGCUUCUAGUGGCUUAACUGGUAUUGCGGGCAUUGUGUGGGUGAUAUCCUGGGCUUUAACAGAGGGUAGGCUCGGGCCUGACACUGUACCCUUAACAUCUUCUGCCGGCUCUGCUUGUAUGCUUGCUGCUGCUGCUCCCUUGUAAUAAAUAACUGUAAAUUUAUUCAGUGUGGUGGUUGUGUCUCAGAGAGGUUCGAAUCUGCAUUGUUAAGAGUGGCACGACAAUUUUGGCGUUAGUCGGCAGGACCUCUCUUAAGACACAGCACCAUGUCUGAAGAUCAGCAGGCCGGUGGAGCAGCUGGACCUGUAAUCAACAACAUGAUGAUGGUACCAUGGUUUUUAGGGGGUCCAUGGGUGCCCAAGUAUGGGGAAAAGAAUGGUCCCCCGCUAGCAGAAUGGCGUAGUCAAAUGGAAAUUUACUUGAGAGCCCAGACUUUGUCAGCAGAACAGGAAGUUGAUUUUAUUCUAAGUGCACUUCAAGGUGAGGCUAAGAGAGAGGUGUUAUUGUUGCCCCCUGCAGAGAAAGACACAGCUGAUCAUAUCUUUGAGGCCCUAGGAAGAAUAUAUGGGGAUGCUGUAACAGUAAGCCAGUUAAGGGCACAGUUUUUUAAGUGUCAACAACAAGCAGGGGAAGGGGUGGGGCCUUUCAUACUGCGUCUCCGCGAGUCUCAUUCCAGGUGGCGUGCGAAAGAGCCGACUGUGGGAUCCGAUGAUGAGAUGCUUCGAAGCCAGUUGGUGCUUGGACUACAGCCUGGCCCUGUACAGAUGGAACUGCAGAGACGAGCACGCAGGGAACCCACACUGGCUUUUGACGAGGCAUGCAAGGAGGCAAAGGCUAUGGAGAAAGAAACGCAACAGGCUCAUGCACCAAUGGAUGUGGAGACCCGCCGCACGUAUAACAGUCCGACUCAGCCCCAGCCCAGCCAUGGAUCGAAGUCCUCAACCGACCCGCUGCAAGACUGGGGUAGCCUCAAGGAGGCAAUGCGCACUGAACUGGUGGAGGAGUUGCGUGCUCAAGUAAACGACAUGAAGACCUCUCUCUUAGCAGAACUGCGCACUCAACGAACAGCUCCCGGGCCAACACCUCGACAACCUGACCCGGCUAGCAAUAACAGUAGCCAUCCACAAGGGACCCGCCCCCGCCGGAGAGAUAGAACACCUCAAUGGGACGACCAGGGACGGCCCAUAUGCCUCCGGUGUGGCCAAGCUGGCCACAUGCAGCGCAAUUGUGUUUCUCAGGGAUCAGUCGACCAUCGCAGAGUGGCGUCCUCUGCAGACGGCAGUAGCCCCGCGGAAGCCCCAAUGAAGACGGCCCUCGUAGGACAGUGCCCUGAGGUCGAGGUCCUGGUCCAAGGUAAGCGGUUCCCUUGCAUCCUUGACACUGGGUCCCAAGUAACCUUAUUUAGCCGUGGUCUCCUCAAACAGCAUCUGGGAGAUAUUGAAAUGAAAGAUACUAAAGAUGUCCCAUGGCUAACUCUUAAAGCAGCAAAUGGACUAGCUCUCCCAUAUGUGGGCUAUGCAUUAUUAGAUUUUGAAGUGGGUGGCAUUGCAGUCCGGGGGAAAGGCGUGGUGGUGGUAGAAGAUCACUACCUACCCCCCACUUAUGGGGUGCUUGGCAUGAAUGUCAUUCAGUACUGUUGGGAGGGCCUGCGACAGCAGGGGGGGCAUCAAUUUACUUUGUUUAAGUCCACUCUCCCCAGGGCAGCCACAGUAGCAUGGGAUCGGGCAUUCGCAGCUUGCCGCCGGCUGCGGGCAGAAGAAUGCCGAGGCCCAAGUCUGGGGGUAGCCCGCCUCCGCACGGCCGAGCCAGUGCGGUUGGCUCCACAGACAGAGACUGCGGUGUGGGCUCAUGUCCCUGAGGUGCCGAGAGCCAACCAAGAGAGUGUGCUUCUAGAAGACUGUUACCAUGGGGCGCAGGAAUGGUGUGUGGGGCGCGCGGUGGCCAACCUUCAGGAUGGACGGGUCCUCCUCCGAGUGUGCAACCCCCAUCCAUAUCCGGUCGAACUGCCUCCUCGACGCCCCUUGGCGAGGGUCUUGCGGCUGUCUCAGGAGGACAUCCAGGUGCCCAACCAGCUGGUGCUCCGGAGGGAAGAUGAGACUGUGGUGGAGGUGGAUGUUUGCCCUGUAAGCAGUGCCCUCCCUGACCACUUAGCCUCUCUGGUCCAUCAGGCGGAAGACCUGGCCCCUCUACAGCGGCGACAGCUCGAGGGUCUACUGGGCCGAUGGCAAGGUACAUUCGCACAGAGUGAGGAAGAUUAUGGCUGCACUGAUGUAGUAUAUCAUACUAUCCCGACGGGAGAUGCUGCCCCCAUACGUCAGCGCUACCGACCCGUGCCACCCAGCCUCUACGCCGAAUUGAGGACUCUACUACAGGGCAUGUUGGAGGGGGGUGUUAUUCGGGAAAGCUCCUCUCCCUGGGCCUCGCCGGUGGUACUUGUGAGGAAGAAGGACCAGUCCUGGCGGUUUUGCGUAGACUACCGCAAGCUGAACGAGGUCACGCACAAGGAUGCCUUUCCUCUUCCUCGCGUGGAGGAGACCUUGACUUGCCUGAAACGAGCUGAGUGGUAUUCAACCCUCGACCUGGCCAGUGGCUACUGGCAGGUUGAAGUCCACCCAUCAGAUAAGGAAAAGACUGCCUUUGCCACACCUGUGGGCUUGUAUCAAUUCGAAAGAAUGCCAUUUGGGCUAUGUAAUGCCCCCGCUACGUUCCAGCGUUUAAUGCAGCGGUGUUUGGGAGGGCAGGUUCACGAUUUUCUACUCAUUUAUUUAGACGAUGUGAUCAUAUACUCGCCUGAUUUUGAUUCCCAUUUAGAACAUCUGGGACAAGUUUUCUUGAAGCUGCAGGACCACGGGCUGAAGUUGCAGCCUUCCAAGUGUCGUCUCCUACAGAAGUCAGUAAAGUACCUGGGCCAUGUGGUUGGAGGGGGUGGGGUGGCGACCGAUCCCAGCAAGACCCAAGCAGUGCAACAAUGGCCAGUCCCAACAACGGUGCGUGAGGUCCGUUCAUUCCUUGGGUUCGUUGGAUACUAUCGCCGCUUUAUCCCUGCCUUUGCCCAGAAAGCUUCUCCCUUGCAUGCUUUGCUGAGGGGUACAGGGGGGCAUAAGACUCGGUCCAUCAAGUGGACCUCGGAUUGUGAACGGGCCUUUAGCCAGUUGAAGCAGGCGCUCGUGAAGGCUCCUGUGUUGGCGUAUGCCGAUUUUACUCUGCCCUUCCGACUUUAUACCGACGCUAGUUUACAUGGGUUGGGGGCUGUACUAGCUCAGGUUCAGGGAGGGAGGGAGCGUGUUAUCGCUUAUGGGAGCCGCAGCCUGCACGAUGCUGAAAAACAAGACCAAAAUUACAGCGCAUUUAAGUUGGAGCUCCUCGCUCUUAAGUGGGCAGUGACUGACAAAUUUAAAGAUUACCUCUGGGGGGCAACCUUCCAAGUGUUUACUGACCACCGGCCUCUGCUCCACUUGCGGACUGCAAAAUUGGGGGCUGUGGAGCAGAGGUGGGUGGCCCAACUGGAUAAUUUUGAUUUCUCGUUGUGUCAUAAACGAGCGCUGUCCAGGCUUCCAGAGGCCCUGCUGGCAGGACGUGUCGAGGCCCCAACUAAUGGAGGUACGCAGGAGGUAUGGGCAGAGCGGCAGGGAAGUGAUCCGGACCUCACACUUAUACGUCGGUGGCAGCAGCAGGGGCAUGAACCAUCUGCAGUGGAGCGGCAGACCCUCCAGUUGGCUGGUCGACAGCUGUUAAGAGAAUGGCCUAACCUAACUGUAAUGGAAGGGGUAUUGCUGUGUAAAAGGCCGGCCUCAGGUGCACUGGGAGAGGUGACUGCGGUGGUGGUGCCGGUGGCAGACAGAAGGCAGGUUUGGACUCGCUACCGUGAGGCCCUGGGUCAUGCCAAGGGGUACCGACUGCUGGCUGCACUGAGGGAGAGGGUGUUUUGGAAUGGUAUGAACCGAGACAACCGCAGGUGGGUAAGGGAAUGCACCCAGUGCUGCCUCAAUAGCAACGUGGAGGGGCCAAGGGCACCGCUAUGCUCGAUAGACAGCAGCUACCCGUGGGAGACACUAGCCCUGGACUACCUGUCGCUGAACCGGGCUGGUGACCGGUAUCCAUACAUAUUGGUCAUUGUAGAUCUCUUCUCCAGAUUUGCAUUCGCAGUGCCUACAAAGGACCAGACAGCACCGACGACAGCUGGAGUCUUGUGGACCACGGUUUUCCAAUCAUUCGGGUGCCCAGAGAGGAUUCUGACCGACCAGGGACCUGCGUUUGAGGCUGAGUUGACCCAGCAGUUGUGUGGACUCUACGGCUGCCACAAGGUGAGGACCACGCCAUAUCACCCACAGGGCAAUGGAGCCUGUGAGCGUAUGAACCAGACCAUCUUGGGGUUGCUCAACACCCUCAGCCAACGUGAACAGGGCCGAUGGAUGGAGCAUCUACCGGAGCUGACGCAUGCCUAUAAUAACACGCCCCACAGUGUUACUGGGUUGGCCCCCUUCUUUGUCUUGUUUGGUAGGCAUGCGCGGCUGCCGGUCGACCAGCUGAUGGGAGUACACCGAUCGGAGUGGAGGGGUAACACCCUCGAGUGGAUCGGUGAGCAUCAUGGCCGCCUAACCUCGGCGUACCAGCUAGUGCGCCAGGGGACUCAACAGCGGCAACAGCAGGAUCAGCGGCGCCAUAAUCGGGGCCGGAGGGCCCUGCCGCUGCUUCCAGGAGAGCGGGUCUUGGUCCGGGAUUUCCGCCGCCGUGGCCGGGGGAAACUAGGAUACCAUUGGGAUCCUAGGCCCUAUGUGGUGCUGAACCAACCCUCAGCGGACCGUCCAGUCUACACCCUGCGCCCAGAAGGCCGGGAGGGGCCCACCCGCACUAUUCACCGCAACCACCUGCGCGUUCAGCCUGCUGACUGGGGGGACCGGAGUGGGACUCGUGGAGAUGCAGGUGAGGUGGCAGGGGAGCGUAGAGUAGAGGGUCCAGAGCUGGGGUGGUGGCCAGUGGGUUUACCUGUCCUGGGAGGGGAGCCCGGGUCAGGGGGAACCACAAUGAUGAGGGAGGGCAUGGCCCCUGAGCUUGAGGAGGGGGCUCUGUCUGAGGAGGAGGCGGGCUCUGUCUCUGGAGCCCGUCGGUCACAGCGACCCAACUUGGGAGUUCGGCCAGCUAGGUACCGUGAGUGA